AUGUUUUGUCACAGAGCGAGCGACUUGCCCCACAUCAAAACAGAGAUCGAUGCCUUGAAGAACCUGAGACAUCAGCAUAUAUGUCAACUCUACCAUGUACUAGAGACAGCAGACAAAAUAUUCAUGGUUCUUGAGGAAAAUUUGUUGUUUGAUGAAUAUCAUAAAUUAAAGCUGAUUGACUUUGGUCUCUGUGCGAAACCCAAGGAUAACAAGGAUUACCACCUACAGACCUGCUGUGGGAGUCUUGCUUAUGCAGCACCCGAAUUAAUACAAGGCAAAUCGUAUCUGGGCUCAGAGGCAGAUGUUUGGAGCAUGGGCAUACUCUUAUAUGUACUUACGUGUGUCUUUCUACCAUUUGAUGAUGAUAAUGUCAUGGUUUUUCCAAGAAGAUUAUGGUGAGUAUUACAAGGCCUAGAGUUUCAAUGUAAAUG